AUGAGAAGGAAGAAACAUUUUGGCAAAGAAGAACUCGAGGAAGAAGUGUUUGAUAAGGAAGUGGAGCCUGCACCAGCAAAGACAGAUAUUGUGCGAGCUCUUGAAGAAGAGGCUGCUGUCGUAUACAAGAAAGAAUUAUUUCAAGGGGCAGCACAAAAGCAAUAUAUUAAACGGCUGAUCGAUAAACAUGGCGAUAACUACAAAGCAAUGGCACGGGACAUUAAACUCAAUAUAUAUCAGCAUACCAAGGCUCAGCUUAAGAGCAAUGAGAGUAUAAAACGAGCUGUGAAUCAUGGGCGCGCUGCAGAAGAGGAUUUACCGUUAGAAGGUUACGGGACAAAAGUAUCGGCAAAGACCAUAGACUGGUAUCA